CCCCCCUCGGCCGCCGCCUCCUCACAGCCAGUUCCGGAGCCGCCGGACAGCGGGAGACUCCACGAUGAGGCUCUACAGCCUAAGUGUCCUUUACAAAGGAGACCCCAAAGUGCAUUUACUGAAAGCUGCCUAUGACGUGUCUACUUUCAACUUCUUCCAGAGGUCCAGUGUGCAGGAAUUCAUGACCUUCACGAGCCAGCUGAUUGUGGAGCGCUCAGAGCUGGGCAGCAGAGCCUCCGUCAAGGAGCAAGAGUACCUCUGCCACGUGUACGUCCGGAACGACGGGCUGGCCGGGGUGGUGAUUGCAGAUAACGAGUAUCCGCAGCGGGUUUGCUUCACCUUGCUGGACAAGGUGCUGGAUGAAUUCUCCAGGCAGGUCAGCAAAAUAGACUGGCCUUCGGGAUCCCCGGCGACAAUCAGCUACGCAGCCUUGGACGGGUACCUCAGUAAAUACCAGAACCCCCGCGAUGCCGACCCGAUGACUAGAGUGCAGGCGGAGCUGGACGAGACCAAAAUCAUUCUGCACAACACCAUGGAGUCACUGUUGGAGCGAGGGGAGAAGCUGGACGACUUGGUCUCCAAAUCCGAGGUGCUCGGGGCACAGUCCAAAGCCUUCUACAAAACUGCCCGAAAGCAGAACUUGUGCUGUGAAAUCAUGUGACGUGGAGCCCGAGGUCUCCUGCUCCGCACCACCAGGCCUUCACUCCCCUUCGGACCUCCACCGCACCCAGGACAGAAAGCAGAAGCCCAGGGGGGGUUCCCGGGCCUGGGCUGCGCUGCGGAGGCCGGGGCCAGGGCUGGGCGUUCUCGGCGCCGUGGGCUUACGUGACUUUUUUUUCAUCUCCAGGGGACGCCGAGGCCAACGUCGGGCCGGCACCCCGUUGGGGUGGGGGGAGCACCGGAGACCCACCGCCCUCGUUUUUCCCCGAGGGUGGCUUGGACCACGGGGCGCCUGGCCCCCCACCCUCCCCUGCCUUUACACCUGUAACACUAGCCAGCACCUCGCCGUCCCGGCACUGCGGGAGUCGGGGAGAGAGGAG